AUGGCGGAGCGCGGAGACGAGCUGUCCUUCGCCGACCAAGAUCGGCAGGAAGAGCCAUGGGAGGAGAGAACUCUGAACCUUCUCGACGAAUCCAAGAUCGACCAGGGUCUUUUUCUCGCUGUUCUCUUCUCCUGCCUUCUUUCGCCGGCUGAUGCGGCCGUCUGGUUUCUUGCAGAGUUCUCGGAAGCCAAGCUGAGGAAGAAGGGCGGGAAGAAGCACAAGUUGAAAUGGAUGAAGAGGCCAAUGGCGGUCUCCGAAGUCAUCCUGGAGUUCUUGGACGAGGAGCUCAGGGAGAACGCCCUCAGGGCACUCGGCAACUUCCUGCUCGAUGUCUCUCUCUCUCUCUCUCUCUCUAUUGGGGUUCUUCUGUCUCGGUCUUUCUUUCUACUUCUUUCCUUCUUGAUGUCGGACGAAGUAGACGGUAUUUCUAACCCGCGGUUUCUUCUUCGUGCCAGAGAUGGGAAGAAAACCCAGACGACUACCAUCAGGCUGGAUUUUUCUUGUUUUACUCUUGCUCCACGAUGUCUAUCUUACUGCAAGUCUCUCUCUCUAUCUCUCUCUUUCUCUCUCUCUCUUUCAUUUUUAUGGGGUGUGAGUGAUUCCUUCCUUAAAUUCCUCCCGAAUUCUUGGAAAAAGGAGGUGGUGGAGUUCUUUGGGAAGAUGAUCGACGAUGCUCUCAACAUAAGAUCCGCGAAGCGCCUGGCAAACGUCCUAACUCUCUUCCAGGUUUGACCCCCUAGAUUCGUCCAGCUUACCUCGCCACGGCUAUUACUCCGCUGAUGAGCUCCCGCAACCGCAGUGCGUUGCAGCAAACAGGGAGAUCCGGAGAAACUUUAUCGAUUGUGAGCUCCUCUGCCCACCGAAAACCUGUAGAUAUUCUACUACUUCCAUUUCUUGAUGGCUUCAUAAGAUCUCCCAUUUCAAAGAAAAAUCAUCAUUUUGCUUUCAGCUUGCAUCCCGAAUUUCUUGCUGCCCAUCAUCGUCUUCAAGAGCGAGCUCGAGGUGUUGGAGAACGUCCGAGCGAUAGCCCUCUCCGUCAUCGGGAUCCUGUGCCAGGUGCCUCUUCUCACACGCUCUGAGCUUUUGUUAGAUGGCACGGUAGGGAUGUUGACCACGAAGUUUGGUGACUUCAUCUAAAAGGGAAGAGAUCCUGACAUCAUCGUGUGGGCCACGGAGAACGACGUGGUGAAUGUCUGCCACUCCGCCUUGAAAACGGGGAGUGAACUCUCUCAAGUGGUACGUCGUCCUCUCUCUCUCUGUCUCUGUCUCUGUCUCUGUCUCUCUCUGUCUCUCAUGAUUUAGCUACGUUACUCCGGGCAGAUCUCCAUGCAUAUCCUGGAGUACAUUCUGCGGGACCCGUUCGGGAGGUAUUUCAUCUGCCACCCAAACGUCGGCUUGCUCGAAGGGUUGAUGGAGACGUGGAACCAGCUGGUAGAUGAAAUCAUCUCUUCUCUCUCUCUCUCUCUCUCGAUUUCUCUCCAUUUCCAUGGCUGAUCGGAAGGAUUGUUUAUCUGGCGGGGAAGAUGACGGUGCUGAGCGCCGACAGGGACUUGUCCCCUCGGCUGCUCUUCCACGUGCUCAGAUGCUACGUGCUGCUAUGCGUGCAUCCCAGGUAAGCGGCUGCGGGGCCGGAGAGCUCGCUGACUGAGGAUUAAUUUCCUUUUUUUUCUCAGGGGGGUUCGCGUGGUGGCGAGGAGUCUCCCCAGCGAGAUCACCGGCGAUGCGGUCGCCGACAUCGCUGAGGCGCGAGGAUCUUCUCCUCAAGCUUCUUCUUCUUCUUUUUUCUCUCUCUCUAGUUCUCAGUCUGAUUGAAUUUUCUACUUGGCCGUUGCCUCACAGGAGUUCCCGGUGAUUCAGAGCCUGCGCCGCCAACUCCUCCUCAGUGUGGGGUUUCACUGA